UAUCAUCCUUUCCAAACGAGGGCAGUCUCCCUCCAUCCCUCUUCAGCAUCCUUUUUCUUGUGGUCCUUUUUUGCUGCAGUCACUAAGCUGGGAGUCCAUAACCGCCUGCCUGUCGUCUCUGUGGGGCCUAUACAAAAUGCCCAGCGUCACGGUGAAAGAUGUCAACCAGCAAGAGUUUGUCAAAGCACUGUCAGCUUUCCUCAAAAAGUCUGGCAAACUGAAGGUCCCAGAGUGGGUUGAUACCGUGAAGCUUGCCAGGCACAAGGAGCUUGCCCCCUGUGACGAUAACUGGUUUUACACCAGAGCAGCAUCCACGGCCCGCCACCUGUACCUGCGAGGAGGGGUCGGCGUGGGCUCCAUGAUCAAAAUCUAUGGUGGGCGCCAGAGGAAUGGUGUAUGCCCCGCCCACUUCAGCGUAGGAUCCAGGAACGUGGCGAGGAAGGUCCUGCAAGCUCUGGAGGGCCUCAAGAUGGUGGAGAAGGAUCCCAAUGGCGGUCGUAGACUGACCUCUCAGGGUCAGAGAGACCUGGAUAGGAUCGCUGGGCAGCAUGAGAUGCUACUCUUAAAAGUUCAAGACCAGCAGAAGACACAAAUCCCUGGGAGGGUGGCGUCAGGAAGGACAAAAAUCUGUGCCAAAUCAAAUAUGUGGCUUCAUCCUCUGCAGUGACCCCUUGUGAAUAUGGGAGCAGCCGAAAGAAGGUCUCUGCUGUCGGGAACUUUAACACUUAACGUGCUAACUGAGACCUGUAGAGUCAGUAUAGAGACGCAGCUCUUGGGAUUGUUACAGUUUAUCCAAGCUUUGUAUGGAUGACCUUGGGGUGAAUUUGUUGGGUUUUCCACAGCUGCCAUGAAUGUUUUCCACUUGUGAAUAAUCUUUCUCAUUGCAGAAUGAUGGACUUGAGAAUGAGAUUGUUUUGAAAUGAUCUCAUAGCCCCUCACAGAUUGACGGGCAGCAAGAAUUGCUUCUCCAAGGUGAUGUCUUUCUUUCUUGGCAUUGUGUUAAUGCACCCGAACGCUCCAGAUCAUCAGUCUGGGAAGGGUUAUGAGAUUAUUUCCAUACAAUCCAUCAUCUGCUUUUAUAGAGGUGUUCGUAUUUGCAUAAUUUUAAGACCUGCUAAGGGCCAGAUGAUUUAUUUUUCAUGAUCUCAUACGUAAAACUCUAGAACUGAAAGAGUGUGCACUUCCUUUUUUAUCAUGACUGUAGACACAUUUGAUACUUGAAGAGGGCUUCAAAGACAUCAGAAAUUAAAUGUCAUUAUUGCUCAACCCUUUACAGCACCAGAUGUGCAGCAUACAGUUGAAGUGGCUCCCUCUAGUGUUGUGUCUCAGUUAUGGCAACAAUGUAAAACAUAUAAUCAUAUGUAAGAUAUUUCUUGGCAUCUCUAAAUAAAUACUGCA